GUGAUCCAACAGAGACAAUCUACCUAAAAUGACUUUAGCCACCGCCUUUGCUGAAACAACCAGAAGAUCCGUCACUGAUGCGGAGUUGAGAAGCCGCACUUUGUCGUUGUAUCGCAAGUACAUCAGACACGCUCCAGACUUUGUCAACAUGUACACGCUCCACGUGCCAACCUCUGUGGUCAGAGCCAAGAUCAGACACCAGUUUGAGAGGCAGAGAUACAUCGAGGACCUUGGUGUCAAGAACAUUGCCUACAUGAAGGGCCAAAUGGAGUUCCAAGAAACCAUCAACUUCUGGAAGCAAAAGGCGCACAUCAUGGUCUACUUCAAGGACACCGAGGAUUUUGGUUACCCACACGACGAUGGCUUUGUCACCAAGUUCUUGAGAGGUAAGGACUAGUCAUCUCCCACAUCCUGCCCCACCUACUGGGGAAUGCAUCAUAUCACACUGCCCCUUGGCAAUUCGGCCGGCU